AUGGCAAAGACUAUCAAAAUUCAUCCAGAUACUACCUCAGCAACGAGAGCACCUCUCAAAGGGCAACCGAAACGAAAAGCAAAGAACAAAACGAAUCCUAUUUUUGAAAGACUUGAAAAGCUUCCACUCUCUCUGAAAUUGUUUUUAAUUGUCAUCUUUGCUUUUCUCUCUCUCAUUGCAUUUGCAUGUAUUUUGGUGUAUAACUCGGUGACAGAGUUGCAAUCAUCCGUGGUCAUUACUAAAAUUUCCACCAUGACUACAUUGUUAUCCAACUUGGUACAUUGUAGUCAGCUUGAGAGAGGUGCUUCUGCGUUGUAUUUGGGAUCGAAUGGAACCGAUCACUACAACCUACUUAUGGACAGACGAAAUGAAACAGAUAAGGCACUGAAUGCUUUCAUGACACAACGUUACAAACUGAUUGAUGAGCUCAAGACGUCAUCUCCCUUAUUUGGACAAGUACUGAAGAGCUUUGACUUGGUAGAUGUAUUCAUUAACACAUUUCCUACUUUGAGAGAUCGAGUGUUGAAGUUACAGUUCGCUCAAACGAUUGAAGCCCUUAAUUUCUUCUCGAAUUGGAAUGUCAAAAUGAUUGACACAGUCAUGCUUGUUUCUAGCUUGAGCUCAGAGUCAACAUUUAUGACUAUUCAAUCAGCUUACAACGCAUUGACAGCGAUGAAAGAAUAUACUGGACAACGACGAGCAAUUGGAAAUGCAGCCUUAGCCUCUCACUCGAUGUCAUUUGAUAAUUUCCUUCUCUUUGUUCAAGCUCAAGCAAAAGCAUCACUUCUGCAACACUAUCUGCAGUUGAAAGACGUUUUCUCAAUUUGGGAUGUUUUCAACAACACUGUUCUAAACACCAAGACCCGUCAAAAUGUCGUAAAAAUAGAGGCUUACAUUGUUUCAAACUAUAGCAAUCUCACAUUUUAUUCUGGACUGGAUUGGCAUACAAACAUAACUCAACACAUUAAUGACAUGAGACUUGUUGAGAUUUACAUUAGUGACUUAUCAUUAAGUUAUGCAUCAAAGCUUUUUGAUCGAGCAGUUGGGGUUAUGGUUGCAUAUAUCGUGAGUGCAGUUUUUGUAACAUCAGUCUCAAUCAUCAUUGCAAUGAUUUUCUCUCGUUCCAUUGCAUCUCUAUGGCAUAAAAUUGUUGAACUUCAACGUCUACAAGAAAUGUACAAGAGUUUCAUUCCUGCUCACGUCUUGCUUCAAAUUGAGGCUCAGAAUGGAGGUGAUGAUGAUUACAUGCAAUUAGAAGAAGAGGAAGACAUUCCAAAAGAGGAAGAUGUGAAAUCAAAAGCUCCCUCCCACACUUCGGCUAGCAAUAGUACCCUUCAAUCAAGUAGACGUUACAACAGUAACAAGAUGGAUUUAGCAUCAAAAUUCUCACUUUACCUUGAAAGAAAGAAAAUUUCCAUGAUUCAAGUUAAAUUUCAAGGCUUGGAAUGGAUUUUGGACCAUGCAGCUCCAAAUGAAAUUAUUGAAAUUCUCAAGGAUAUAUUUGAAAAGAUACAAUUUUCAACUCGAUCAACAAGUAGUUUAAUGGAACAUGUUGAAAAUGAUAGUGUUACAAUUGUGUUUAAUGCCUCUAGAGACCAAUUACGACAUGAAGAGAAAGCAAUCAAAACCUGCAUGGAUUUGAGUGACAAAUUAAGAGAGUUGCAAAAUGCAAAAUGGAAGCAGAGUGACAAGUCUCAAUUUGCAACAUUGGCAGCCAAUCAUAUUGAGUUUAGGUUUGCCACUCAUGUUCAAUAUUGUCUUUGUGGUAAUGUAGGCACAACAGACGUGAGAUCUUUCAAGAUUUUAGGAUCUAUUUAUGAGAAUCUUUCAAACUUGACAAAUUUUGCCUCUCAAAUGCAUCUCAGGAUUGUAUGCGACGAAACCAUGUCCAAAAUUGCUCAAUCACUCUAUCACACAAGAUUUAUUGGAUUUAUUAAUUUCAUGGAUGAAGGUAAUACCAACAAAUCAAGUAACAUUUAUGAGAUUGGUGCCCCAUUGACAGUCUCUGAUGAUGAAUGGUUGUACGAACUUGCAAACAAGCAAAAGAAUGAAGAAUGGAAAGACUAUAAUGUGGCUUGUAGAGCAUUUUUCGCAACAAAUUUUGAGCAAGCAUUAAUGGGAUUUGAAGAAUACGCACAAAGACACACCAAUGAUAUUCCCACCAAACACAUGAUUACUUUGUGCAAAAAAGAGUUGAGAGAGGCCAACGAUCUCAUGACAUCUGAUUUAUAG